AUCGAAGAUUAUUGUUAAUAAAAACUAGUAAGAUUCUAAAGGAGACCAGUUCUUGUGUGAUAAAAAGCUAUUUAUUCCGACCCAAUGGAGCAAUCGGCACAACAACAUCCGUUGGCUAACUACCAAUUUACUGCAGAAGAGUUGAAGGCUUUGAGGGAAUGCAAUAGUGAAUCUUUCUUCCAACGAUCCUUGCCACUCGGAACUGCUUUGGGUGUUGGCGCUUACCUGGCAGUAAAAAAUGGAUUUUUACAACCCAACUUUAAGUACGGCGCUGUGCCUAAAGUAAUGGUGGGUGUAAUAAUUGGCUAUUUUGUUGGAAAAUUUAGUUAUCAACAAAAGUGCGCAGAAAAACUAAUGCGAUUACCUAAUUCAAGGCUCGGAGAAUUAUUGAAACAGCGCAGAGAAAAUGGUGGCGUAAUGAGUAGAUUGAGUCCCGAUCAAGGUAUGGGACUUGGACUAGCCUUGAGUCCAUUUAAUUCAACGGGAGCAAAUGUAAAUGAAGAUCAAGCAAAUGAAUUCGCCCGUAGCAACGCCCUUAACUUAGAUGUGGAAAGCCGGCCUUCAAUUGCAGGACUUGAUGACAUUUAUCGACCUUCGUUGGAUAAUCCAACUACAUUCUACGAAACUGAAGUACCAAUUGAUCAAGCAAAACACGGCAUGAGUUAUGAAGAGUUACGAAAGAAAAACCGUGAGGAAUUCGAGAAAAAACAGCAAAAUCCAUUUUCUCGCCCUUUACCACCAAAUGCACCGGUGGUUAUUCGAGAAAAGGAACCUUCGAAAACACCUUUUAGUUCCGAAUUCAAUCCACCAUCAACUUCAACCAAAAAUCAUAAAAAUAAGUAUGGCGACACAUGGACUGAUUGAUUUAAAAUGACUUUUAUUCAGUAUAUUUUUAUUGUCUGCUAAAAAAAGUAAAUUGUUAUUAAAGUGUUAAUGCUGAUAUA